AUGGCUCCCGGAAGCUUGGGGUCCAUAAUAGCCUCAGCGCUGACUUCGGAAUCCUACAUUCAUUCACUUGCCAAACGAAUCAAUAUCCCCAUUAAUAGCGCUACCACAGAGGAGCAACUCGCAACAUCACAACAAGAUCCGUUCUCGCAGGCCUCUAAGUAUGCAUUGGGCUGGGUUUACUUCUCGGUCGUUUUAUUCGUCCUGACAUUUUUCCUCCGGUUAUAUCAAAUAUGGGGCGAUAAGAUUAGAGCCGCAUUGCGCAAGGAAGAGCUAUUUAGCCCUGGUCAAACGCUUUCGCCGCAAUCAGAUUAUGAACUUGUUACACCAAGUCCGGCAAAUUCUCAUCAAGCCUUUUUCCCUGCUACGGGCCCGCUCGUUCAGCCGCCAAAGCGAGACUCAGCUCUUUCCUCUAUAGGCUGGGUAAAUAACGGCAUUGCUUUUGCCAGAUGGAUAUUUUAUCGCCCUUUGCCAGUCAUAAAACUUGGCAAGUUAGAGAUUGUCCCUCCAUCUUUGGCAGCUGCUGUCCUCGUACUGCUUGCCUUCACCUUUGUGACACUCUACUGCUUCCUCCCUCAACCUUUGUAUUACCCUCAUAUCACUGAUGGCUCUCCGCCCCUCGCGAUUAGAGCUGGCAUGCUUGCUGUUGCGACCCUUCCGUGGAUCAUUGCCCUGAGCACAAAGCCCAAUCUCAUCAGCAUGUUCACCGGCAUUGGCCACGAGCGUUUAAACGUCCUUCACCGGUGGACUGGCUAUCUCUGCCUCUUCUUAGCUCUGGUCCACAUGGUUCCGUUUUAUAUUACUCCAGUGUGGGAGGAUGGAGCUCUUCCCCUAUUCACAUUAUUCAUUGGAGGUAACUACUACAUAUAUGGAUCGGGACUGGCUGCGCUCGCACCACUCGUCGUCCUUUGUGUUCACUCUCUACCGGUCUUGCGCAACCGAAUGUACGAGUUAUUCGUCACCUUACACAUCCCAAUCUCCAUGAUUUUCCUCGCAAUGAUGUUUUGGCACUGCAACAACUUCCUCACCUCCUGGCAUUACUUGAUUUCAACUCUCGCACUCUGGGGGGUUUCAUACCUUGCUAGGCUUUUCUACCUAAACUGGAUGAACCCGUUUCGACUUUCCUUUCUGAUCGGAGAAGAAUCAGCGGUCACCAUUCUCCCUGAAAAUGCGGUCAAGGUGACGAUACCCACCCAGAUGAAAUGGAGACCUGGCCAAUAUGUGUACCUUCGUAUGCCAGGGAUAUCUGUGCUUGAGAAUCACCCUUUCACCAUUGCCUCUCUAUGCAGUGAUGACUUUCCAUCCAGCUACGGUUCAAAGUACCGGGAUAUGACCCUUGUAUUUCGGCCCUUUGGCGGAUUUACUAGGAGGGUGCUCGAGGCCGCUUUAGAGAAAGGCCCAUACAAGACCUAUAGAGCAUUUAUAGAUGGACCCUAUGGUGGUGUCCGCAGAGAGCUGUCUUCCUUCGACGACGUCAUAUUUUUUGCUGGCGGAAGUGGGAUAACCGCCAUUGCAAGCCAGCUGCUCGAUCUAAUCAAGAGGAUGCGUGAUGGAAAAGCGCGGACUAGGACCGUAAAGGUGAUCUGGGCCCUCAAACGACCGGACACCAUGGAGUGGUUCAAGGAAGAAUUGCGGAUCUGUCGAGAAUGCGCACCACCUAAUUCUAUGAUCUGUAAUUUCUAUUUAACUGGUGCAAAACGACACGACAGAAAUUCCGAAGUGCCUUCCCAAUCGCGGCCCCAUAGCGGUAUCUUCCACGACAAACUCAACGACGUCUUUCAGGGGGUUGCUAGCAAGAGAAACUCGGCAUUUAUUCGAGAAGAAGCUGCUGGAGAUGAGGCCAAGGAGCGAGAGCUGCGACGGGAGAACGAGGAUAGCAUAUCCGCACUACCAAAUGCGCAUAUGGCCGUCCGUCCGCGUAUACAAACCGGACAUCUUAACCCAUAUUUCCCCGAGAAUCCAAACAGCUACGAGUCGUCCCCUGAGUAUAACGAUAAUCUCAACUUUGGCUUCCCCACUACUCCGACGAUGCUGCAAAAGAAUCUCAUGCGGUUUGCCUUUUUCCCCCGGCAGAAGAGGGAUGGCUGGAAAACGGAAUAUGGCCGCCCUGAUAUACCCUUUAUGUUGAAGCAGUUUUCCAAGGAGUUUGGUCGGCGUACCUGUGUCUUCGUGUGCGGGCCACCGAGCAUGCGGGUUGACGUCGCAAAUUCAGUCGCGAAACUGCAGACCAUCAUUAUGAAUGACCCAAAUAAAGACGAGUUGUUCUUGCAUACUGAAAACUAUGCAAUCUAA